AUGGCUACAAAGGUGGCGUGGAUCAAGGCCGACACCAAGGCCAUCCUGGCCAUCCACGAGCACGUCAUCACCAACAACCAGCGGCUUUCCGUCACGCACAACGACUUCAACACGUGGACCCUCAACCUGCGUGGCGUGAAGCGCGAGGACCGCGGCCAGUACAUGUGCCAGGUCAACACGGACCCCAUGAAGAGCCAGACGGCGUUCCUGGAGGUGGUGAUCCCACCGGACAUCAUCUACGAGGAGACGUCCGGAGACCUCAUGGUGCCCGAAGGAGGCUCGGCGAAGCUGGUGUGCAAGGCGCGCGGCUACCCCAAGCCCAAGGUGGUCUGGAGGCGGGAGGACGGUGGCGACAUCGUGCUGCGCGGGGGCCAGAGCUCGAAGACCAGGGUGCAGUCGGUGGAGGGGGAGGUGCUGACGCUGACCAAGGUCACCCGCUCCGAGAUGGGCGCCUACCUCUGCAUCGCCGCCAACGGCGUCCCGCCCUCCGUCAGCAAGAGGAUGAUGGUGCACGUGCACUUCCACCCGCUGAUCCAAGUGCCGAACCAGCUGGUGGGGGCGCCCACCGGCACGGACGUGGCCCUGCAGUGCCACGUCGAGGCCUCCCCCAAGGCCAUCAACUACUGGACGCGCGACACGGGGGAGAUGAUCAUCGCCAACGACAAGUACAACAUGACAGAGAUCAACAGCUCCUUGUACAGCGUCCAGAUGAAGCUGGUCAUCCGCAAGAUCAAGAAGUCCGACCUCGGUGGCUACAAGUGCAUCUCCAAGAACUCCAUUGGCGAUGCGGAGGGCAACAUCCGACUCUACGAAAUGGAGCUGCCAAAGCGUGCUAAGAGCGCGCUAGAUGGCCUGGACGACGGGGACAGUGGCUCCGAAGCCGAGUCAUCAGGGGAGGCGGAUCUGGAGGAGAACAGCCCACGGCUCUACAAUGGCUACCGGGAAUCCCUGCGAGAGACGGCGGGAGGCCCGGGAGGAAGCGACUCUGGGGGCGGGCUCGGUGGCGGUGGUGGCGGAGGUGGCGGCCUAGCACUCACUUGGCUGCUGCCACUGCUGCACCUGCAGCUGUGA